AUGACACAGUACGGGUACAGAGACACGCAGAACCCCUUUGAUCACCGCGAUGAUUCGCAAGUCGACGGCUAUGCAGCAUCUGGCAAUGUUGAAAUGGCUUCACUCGCACAUAAUGCCAGUUCUUUUGCGUCUGGCGAUCCAAACGCCAUAUUGAACGAAUGCCGAAGCAUUGAUCGAGGAAUCGAUCAGAUUGACCAAAAUCUAAACCAACUGCGCAUGCUGCAAGAUCGGUCACUCAACGAAGCGGAAGCGUCUGGAUCUUCAACAUCAAGACAACUGGACUCGCUUGCAUCGGAGACAAUGGCAUUGUACCGACAACUUACUGAGCGCGUGCGCCAGGUGAAGAGUCAACGGGAAGCGCAGCAGCCAAAAAACUCCCCGCAGGUUGGUCGCGUCGAUCGACGCCUCAAGCAGGCCAUCCAGUCUUACCAACAGGUCGAAUCGGCAUUUCGUAAAAAGACGCAAGACCAGAUGGCACGCCAGUACCGAAUUGUGCGGCCAGACGCAACGGAAUCUGAAGUCAGAGCUGUUGUUGAAGACACCAGUGCCGGAGGCCAAGUGUUCCAACAAGCCAUGAUGCAAAGCGACCGCCGUGGCCAAGCUCGUGCAGUCCUCAGUGCUGUUCAGGAUCGUCAUGCAGCCUUACAGAAGAUCGAGGAGCAAAUGGUUGAACUGGCACAACUAUUCCAGGACAUGGACACACUCAUUAUCCAACAGGACGCUCAGGUAAUGCAGAUCGAACAAAAAGCAGAAGAGGCAGUAGAAAACCUCGAUAAAGGCAAUGAGGAAAUCGGGGUCGCUGUCGUAACAGCUAAAAAGACACGGAAGAAGAAGUGGAUCUGCUUGGGCAUUUCUGGGCACCCCCCUGUGGCGAUGGUCUAUGGGCAAUCGAAGACGGUGAGAGACAACGGCCGUUCAAACACAGCCCAGCUGUCGAGUCGCUAUGUUAUCAAUACGGACUUCGCCGCUGGUGAUGGAGGCAAUUCUGGGCUUAAAGACAAGCGCCUUGUUGUCCCCGAUCCCUUAGUUUUUUGA